GUCGCCCGCCUUCAGUACUGUUGACCUGUUUCUCUCUCUAGUCUAGCAGUCUCUACACUGGUCAUUCUUCUCUUGCCUCUGUGAUCUGUAUCGUCACUACCUAGUCGCCACCACGAGAGGAGAAAAUGGCGGAAUCGUCGACACCUCAGGAGACGGCACUCUUUACUCCUUACGAGAUAGGGAGAUUCAAUCUCUCUCACAGGAUAGUGCUUGCACCGAUGACGCGUUGCAGGGCUUUGAAUGGUAUACCACAGGCCGCCAAUGUUGAAUAUUACAAGCAGAGAUCCACUCCUGGAGGAUUCCUCAUCACCGAAGGCACAACCAUCUCCCCUACCGCAGCCGGGUUCCCGCAUGUUCCAGGGAUCUACACAGAUGAGCAAACGGAAGCUUGGAAGAAGGUAGUGGAUGCCGUUCAUGCCGAAGGUUGCUUCAUUUUCUGUCAACUCUGGCAUGUCGGCCGAGCAUCUCAUCAAGUGUAUCAACCAGGGGGGACCGGUUCUCCAAUAUCAUCGACAAGCAAACCCAUCUCAGAUAGGUGGAGAAUCCUAUUACCUGAUGGAAGCCAUGGAAAGUACCCAACCCCACGAGCCCUAGCCACCAACGAAAUCCCAGAGAUAGUUUCACAUUAUCACCAAUCCGCCAUUAACGCCAUUCGAGCUGGUUUCGAUGGAAUCGAGAUCCACGGCGCCCAUGGCUACCUCAUCGACCAAUUCCUCAAGAACGGAAUCAACGAUCGCACCGACCAAUACGGUGGCUCUACCGCCAACCGCUGCAACUUCUUAAUGCAGAUAAUCCAAGCCGUCGUCUCAGCAAUUGGAGCAGAUCGAGUUGGAGUCCGAAUCUCUCCGGCAAUUGACCACAUGGACGCCAUGGAUUCCGAUCCCUUGAGCUUAGGACUAGCUGUGAUCGAGAGGAUUAAUCGUCUUCAAAGAGAGAUGGGCAAGCUUGCUUACCUGCACAUCACCCAACCUCGAUAUGUGGCUUAUGGGCAGACCGAAUCAGGGAGACAAGGAAGUGAAGAAGAGGAAGCGACAAUGAUGAGAGCUUGGAGGAAGGCCUACAAUGGCACCUUCAUGUGUAGUGGUGGAUACACCAGAGAGCUUGGGAUGGAAGCAGUGGCUCAAGGAGAUGCCGAUCUGGUUUCUUAUGGUCGACUCUUUAUUUCUAACCCGGACCUUGUGAACCGGUUCCGGCUCAAUGCCCCAUUGACUAGGUACGUUAGGGCUACUUUCUAUACACAUGAUCCUGUGGUUGGCUACACUGAUUACCCAUUCCUCAACCAACGUUCACGCCUAUAAUUUUUAUUAGGGAAUCUUAUAAAAAAGCGCGGGUACACGCUGCCUACUACUGCAGGUUAUAGGGAGAGGCAUAUGUUUACAGCCUUACCCCCACUUUCAACUUUUUGUUAUCUAUAAUUUUUAAUCUUAUAUGUCCCUCUUAAUUUUAGUGACUAUUUAAAAAUAAAAAAUCCUUUAUAUGACUUUAAUGUAUUAAUUAUGGGGCAAAGCUUAUCUUUUGUGGGUUUUCUCUAUUAUGAAAAAAGGAUUUUCUCUUUUGUGAA